GUCUGGACUCACUUGUGGCCUUUGAUUAAAUUUCUAAGGGGCCUGAAGAAGACAUUCCUACUGCAGAGGGCUAGAGGCACUUGAACAAGGACACCACUCCCCAACUCUGGCAGUUGUGUUGGGGAAGGCAGUUUUGGGGAAUGGAACCCGACCAGUUAGUUGACAGGAACUCACAGGGCAGCAAAAGUUGUGACAAGCUUAAUCUCUAAGUGGGUUAUAUCUCUUCCCGCAUCAUAUCAGAAUCUUGUGAAAUGGGUAAACAGAAAAAGGGGAUCACUGGAAGCCAAUGUAUCAUGCACUUUCCAGGCAGGGCAGAGGUGGGCGGAGAGCCCUGUUUGAGGUUGUGGCUGAUCCCUGGUACUAACUUUUCCCCUGGGGGCAGGAAGCCCUAGGAAGAGGGGACUGUAAGGUCCCAGGGGAUCUUUCCUCCCUCCCCUGCAUGAGGCAGAGGCAAGCUGCCUGCCAAACCCCUCCCUCAAGGAAUGGCCUUGCCUGGGAAUGCCCACCACUCUCUCUCUCUCUCUCUCUCUCACUCUCUCUCUCUCUUCUUUUUUUCUAGUCAAACUCUGUUUACUCCUUGGCCUGCCACCUUUCUUCCUCCCCUCUCAGCCUUUACUUCUGAUUUCUAUUUCAUGGAAUUUGGGAUUGAAGUUAAACUACAACAGUGCCGCCAACACCAAGUCUUGCAGGAAAAAAAAAUACAAAGAAAUUUAACAAAAAAAAUAUAUUAAUAAAAAAGUUCAAAAAAGGGGGGGGACUGUCAUCUCCUUUGGGGUGCGAUGUUUUCAAACCUAAGCUCUCCGAGGAUCCCCGCGUGGAGCCCUCCUGGGGAACCUCCGGCCUGCCAGCAGUCUCAAGGCUUCUCUGUAGUUGAGAGUUCUUCCCCUAAACUCCAAAGCCUGAGGUCAGAGUACCCAAGACAGCUCAGCAGGGCGGCCCCCGGGGGGCGGGGUCCCGUGAUGGGGGCGGGGAGAGGGAAGGACCAGCCCGAGCACCAACCCCCGCCCGGCCCUGCACCAGGAAACGCCUGGGGGAGCGGAGCGCAGUGGAGACCGAAGCCAGGAUGGUGAUGUCUUCGCUGAAGCUUCAAGAUCUCAUCGAGGAGAUUCGAGGGGCCAAGACCCAGGCCCAGGAGCGGGAAGUGAUCCAAAAGGAGUGUGCCCACAUCCGGGCCUCCUUCCGCGACGGGGACCCGCUGCACAGGCACCGCCAGCUGGCCAAACUGCUCUAUGUCCACAUGCUGGGCUACCCCGCCCACUUUGGACAGAUGGAGUGCCUGAAACUGAUCGCCUCCCCCAGGUUCAUAGACAAGAGGGUGGGCUACCUGGGGGCCAUGCUUCUACUGGAUGAGAGGCAGGAUGCCCACCUGCUCAUUACCAACAGCAUCAAGAACGACCUGAACCAGGGUGUUCAGGCCGUGCAAGGCCUGGCCCUGUGCACUCUGAGCACCAUGGGCUCUGCCGAGAUGUGCCGGGACCUGGCCACUGAGGUGGAGAAACUGCUCCUGGAGCGAAGCCCCUAUGUGCGUAAGAAGGCUGUUCUGACUGCAGUGCACAUGAUCCGAAAAGUCCCUGAGCUCUCCGACACCUUCCUCCCAGUUUGUGCCAAACUGCUUCACGAGCGUCACCACGGCGUCCUGCUGGGCACCAUCACGCUGAUCACAGAGCUCUGCGAACGAAGCCCUGCAGCCCUCAAGCGCUUUCGAAAGGUGGUGCCCCAGCUGGUACAGAUCCUCCGGACUCUGGUGACGACGGGAUACUCCACAGAACACAGCAUAUCUGGAGUCAGUGACCCCUUCCUACAGGUCCAGAUACUUCGUCUGCUUCGGAUUCUGGGUCGGAACCACGAGGAGAGCAGUGAGAGCAUGAAUGACUUGCUGGCCCAGGUGGCCACUAAUACAGACACCAGCCGGAAUGCAGGCAGCGCGGUCCUGUUUGAGACUGUGCUCACCAUCGUGGACAUCCGCUCUGCAGCUGGCCUGCGGGUUCUAGCUGUCAACAUUCUAGGCCGCUUCCUGCUCAACAGUGACAAGAACAUUAGAUACGUAGCCCUGACAUCGUUGCUGCGCCUGGUGCAGUCUGAUCACAGCGCUGUGCAGCGACACCGGCCCACUGUGGUGGAAUGUCUUCGGGAACCUGACGCCUCUCUCAGCCGGCGGGCCCUGGAACUGAGCCUGGCUCUGGUGAACAGCUCCAACGUGCGAGCCAUGACACAAGAGCUUCAGGGCUUCCUGGAGUCCUGCCCCCUUGAACUGCGGGCAGACUGUGCCUCGGGAAUCCUGCUGGCCGCAGAGAGGUUCGCCCCAACCAAGCGAUGGCACAUAGACACCAUCCUGCGAGUGCUGACAAUGGCCGGCUCCCAUGUUCGGGAUGAUGCGGUGGCCAACCUGACCCAGCUGAUUGGUGGGGCCCAGGAGCUACACGCCUACUCUGUGCGCCGCCUCUACAGUGCCCUGGCACAGGACAUCUCCCAGCAACCGCUGGUGCAAGUGGCAGCCUGGUGCAUUGGGGAGUACGGGGACCUUCUGCUGGAGGGGAGCUGUGAGGAGACUGAGCCACUUCAGGUGGAAGAAGAAGAAGUGCUGGCAUUACUGGAAAGGGUGCUGCAAUCCCACAUGUCCCUGCCAGCCACCCGAGGAUACGCCCUCACAGCCCUCAUGAAGCUUAGCACCCGGCUGCGUGGGGACAACAACCGCAUCCGGCAGGUGGUGUCCAUCUACGGAAGCUGCCUCGACGUGGAGCUGCAGCAGCGGGCUGUGGAGUACAACACCCUCUUCCGGAAGUACGACCACAUGAGGGCGGCCAUCCUAGAAAAGAUGCCUCUGGUGGACCGAGGUGGCCCGCAGGCUGAUGAGGAAGUAAAGGAGAGCAAAGAAGCAACCCACCUUUUGGAACCAGCCCCUGUCCCCACAGAGCCCCAGGCCUCAAAGCUCUUGGAUCUGUUAGACCUCCUGGAUGGGCCUUCUGAGGAUUCCCAGCAGCCUCCCCCUGUGGAUCCCCCCCGAGAAGGCACUUUAAUACACCUGCUCGACCUUCCCUGUGCUCCCCUAGCCCCAGCGCCCAUCCCAAACCUCAAAGUGUUCGAGCGGGAAGGACUACAGCUGAAUCUGUCUUUUGUUAGACCGCCUGGAACCCCUACUUUGCUCUUAGUCACUGCCACUGCUACCAACGCCUCAGAGGGUGAUGUCACCCGCUUCAUCUGCCAGGCCGCUGUGCCCAAGAGUUUCCAGCUGCAGCUACAUGCUCCCAGUGGGGACACAGUUCCAGCUCAGGGUGGCCUUCCAGUGACCCAGGUCCUCCGAAUCCUCAAUCCUAACAAGGCCCCCUUGCGGUUAAAGCUGCGCCUCACCUACAACCACUAUGGCCGGUCAGUGCAGGAGAUCUUUGAGGUGAACAACUUGCCUGUGGAGGCAUGGCAGUAACUCGGCCUCCACUGGGCCUCCACUCGGCCUGAAAUCCUCUUGGAUCCCAAACCCCUGGGCUCCCAGGUGCUUGGAGCCUACAUCUGAGGACUACCAGCAGGUGGCGCUCUGGUCCUGUGCUUGCCAUUGCAAAAACUGGAGGGGGCCCACCCUCUCCCCCACAAAUAAUGAAAGUCCAAUAAAGCCUGAGGGGG